UACUCAAUUUCCGCGGAUCCGUGGACAUCGACAAAUCAUGAUUGGCAAAUGUAAACAUGGACCUCGAGGGAGAUCAGCGCAUUUCGAUCAAAACAGCGCUCUAGCACGCCCUCUAAUGUGCCGUACUGACCUUUUCUGCAAAUACCGUGAGGAUAUGGAGACUUUUGAUGCAAGGGUUGGGAAUCGAGCAGACCACUGAGCACAUGGGAAAUGAACACACCAAAUGCAGUAUUUACACUUAUUUUUCAAUCCUCUAUCGUCAAUUUACCUAUUUACAGCAGUCUAAGCAUUCACCGGCCAAACAUCGACAACCAAAUCAACUCCGUACUCCUGGAAGACCGUGG